AUCGCUCGUCUCGUCGCACAAUGUAGUGAAUCUGCAACAAAAAAGAAUAAAUUUGAAAUUUGCAUUCAUUGUGUUGCGAGAAUUUGAUAAAAAGUGACUUAAAAAAGGUUGACAUUAUAUAAAUUAACACAGAAUUUGCGUAAUUUACCAAUAACGUGAUCGGAACAAUUAAAUUUUUAUAUCUCCGGGUGAAAAAAUAGGUUCAUUCAAGAGGUCAAGUGUAUUUAAUACAAAGACGCAUAUCAAUAAACAACAGUCUUCAUCGAGUCAUCGACAACAAUGAACGUUAUCGAAGAAAAUUCUACUUCAAAGUGGGUCAGUUACUCGCAACACAUCCUCGGAAUCCUCAUAAUCUCAACUUUCGCCUAUUUUUUCAUCAUCAAAAGAUUUUCGCGCGUCACAAAGUGCAUUUCCGGCAAAGUUGCUCUCGUCACAGGCGGCGGAAGUGGCUUAGGAGCCGCUAUCUCUCUGCAACUCGCCAAACAAGGAUGUAAUCUCGCAAUUGUCGACUUGAAUCUCGAAGCUGCACAACGAAAUGCCACCCAUUUGCGGAAAUUGGGCGUCAAAGCCGAAGCAUACAAAGCUGAUGUCUCAAAUUUGGCCGAAAUUGAAGCCAUUAAAACCCGAAUUGAACAAGAUUUGGGUAAAGUUGGCAUUAUAGUGAAUAAUGCGGCGAUGCUUUUCACAAAAUGCAUCGAAACGGAAUCCCCUGAAAAGCUCCAAAAAAUGUUAAAAGUUAAUAUUUUGUCGGUUAUAUGGACUUCUCGUGUCUUUUUAAGCUCCAUGAUCGAAGAAGGUUUCGGUCAUAUCGUCACAAUUUGCUCCGUUGCGGGAUUAAUUGGGAUGCCGGUAGGACUUCCGUAUGUCACAACGAAAUUUGCCGUUCGGGGCUUCAUGGAGGCACUUGCAAUGGACAUUUUUUAUCGAGGACACGCGAAAAAGGUGAAAACAACAACAGUCUAUCCGUCAUUCAUUUCGACAAAUAACGAGGUUGUUAAAGUCUACAACGACGCAGUUAAUCGAAAAUUUUUUAAUUCGCUUUACACGCCGGAGACAGUUGCGAAAAAAGUUGUCGAUGCGAUAAGAAAUGAUCAAGAGACUUUGGUUAUUCCUGGAUUUGCCAAAAUUAUCGGUUAUGGAUUGACGGUCCCUUUGAUUAUCAGGAAGUUCCUCGGGGGAUUCAUGGUACACAAGGGAUACGCUUGGAAUGGAUUUACAACUGACGUAAAACAAAGUACGAGCACUGAACUUUGACCAGAAUAUAAAAAUUGUGACAAUUAACUGCGAUUUUGUGAGAAAAUAUGCCAAUUAGUACUGAAAUAUUGUUAAAAAAAACUAAAAAUAAUUUUGGCAAUAUAAAUUAUAAAACUUUUUAUAUUUUAAAUAAUAAUCAAUUCAAAGAUUAAAAAUUUAAUUUUUUUUCUCACAAAAUUGCAGUUGAACGUUCUACAUGUGAAUUCAGCUCUUAUCAACUUUUUGUUAUUAUUAUGCAAAUUUACUUGUAAAUUAAAUAUAAAUCAUAUUGACAGUUUAUUGCCUUUUUGGUAUAAUAAAUUUAUAAAUUUUUGUACAAAAAAAAGGUCAACUGCAAG